AUGAAGAUUUCUGAGGUUCUCCUUCCCGUCACUCUGCUCCUGGGCAGCGCUCUGGCUGUGGACAUGAGCAAAUACCAAGCGGAAGCGGACGUCGAUGCCUCGUUCAAGCCGUUCCUUGAAGCCCUGUACGCAUCUGCAGAGGACUACAAGUCCACUGACACUUUCACGGACUUCUUCGUCCCAGAGUCGGGCCGUCUCAUCGUGCUCGAGAACACUGCGGAGGGACCGGCCGCCAUCGUCAAGCUCAAGCAGGCGCUGCUCCCGACCACGGGCCAGAAGCACUGGAACCAUCUGCCCAACGUCACGUCGGUGUACACCGAGACGGCCACCCAGAAGACGUACGACGUGCUUGGUCUCAUCCAGACCAGAUUCGACGGCGGCAACUGCUCUGCGGCAUACUACUCUAGCCGUUUCACUGUUCUCAAGGACAGCAAGGGCAACGUCCGCAACCAGCCUCACAGCGGCAGCCUCGUGGCGUACGAUGACUACAUCGUGAGCCCCGCAGAGUCGCCGACUCACAUCCCUUGCUGA